GAUGACGUCACGCAGGGAGCUUGCAAGGAGCUUUACAUCUUCGCGGUCUCCAACAACAACGACGACUGCUGCUGCUUGACUUCGGAUGUUGGCUCUAGUUUUAUUUUUAGCUCCAGCGGAAGAAUACAGCGCGGCGGGGGAAGAGAGCUGCCAAGGAGACGGACGAGAGCUCGGACUCGGACUAGAGGAUGCGAAUUUGCCGCAGGCCCCGUCAUGGUGAAAUUGGACACCGACGUGCGGCGGAUGGGGUGACCGAGCGCGCUGCUCCACCGGGGAGGUCCCUGCCUUCGGACGUUGCCGGGGUGGGAGCUGCCUGCGCCCGGUUCUAGAAGGGGGAGGAGGCAGGAGGGAAGAUGCGGACGGAGGAGGAGAGGGCCGCCGCAGAAGAGCCCAUUUUGGAGGAAGGGUCAGGACGAGAGCAGCAACGGCCGGUCCAGCAGUCUCUAGCCUCGUCCCUGUGCCGGGAGUCCCACUGGAAGUGUCUCCUUCUGACCCUCCUCAUGUACGGCUGCUUCGCCACGCUCAUCUGGUGCGCCCUGUGCCGAGUGCCAGUGCUCAGCUCUCUGCCUGUGCGCGUGGCCACCGGCGACAACGCCACCUCAGCAGCUUACUACAAUGACGUGCAGCGUUUAGAGAGUCCGUGCUCCAGCGGAUACCUCUACAUCCCGCUGGCUUUCCUGGCCAUGCUCUAUGUGGUUUACCUGGUAGAGUGCUGGCACUGCUUCUCCAAGACGGCCAUGUUGGCUCACGCUGAGUUCCAGGAAGUGUACGAGCGCGUGCAGAGACUCCAGCAGGCCACACCCUGUAUUUGGUGGAAGGCCAUCAGCUACCAUUAUGUGAGGAGGACCAGGCAGGUGACAAGAUACCGCAAUGGAGAUGCAUACACAACCACACAGGUCUAUCAUGAGCGAGUCAACACUCACGCCUCCAGCUCAGAGUUUGACUACGCCCGUUACGGAGUCAAAGACGUGUCCAAGGAGCUGCUGGACCUCCAGCUGCACUCCGCAGUUCGCCUCCGCUUCACCAAGUGCUUCAGCUUCUCCAGUGCACGUGCUGAAGCAGCCUAUCUCACCCAGCGAGCUCGCUUCUUCGGUGAGAACGAGGGCCUAGAUGACUACAUGGAGGCCAGGGAAGGGAUGCAUCUGAAGAACGUGGAUUUCCGUGAACACAUCUUGGCGUUCCCGGAUCCCGCUCACCAGCCGUGGUUUUCCAGGCACAGAGUGUUCUGGCUGGCCUCCGCUUUCCUUCUGUCAUGGCCGCUGAGGGUGGUGUCUGAGUACCGCACGGCCUACGUGCACUACCACGUGGAGAAGCUGUUUGGCGAAGACGAGGAUCUCAGCGGAGGAGGCGGGCUGGGAGGGGGCGGAAGGGGUGGAGGAGGGGAAAGAGGGACUGAGAACGGGAUCCAUCCAGGAGGAAUUGGAAUGGGUCUAAACGGGUCGAGCUACAGAGCCAUCUCGCGGGUCAACACAGUGGACAUGACAGAACUGGAGUGGCACAUCCGCUGCAACCAGCAGAUGGUUCCCAGCUACUCCGAGGCUCUCCUCAUGGACUUGGACAGUAGCAGUGGGACAAACCCUACUGCUUCCACACCCAUCUCUGGGCCGCCGGGCACCACCCCCAACCUGGAGGGUACCCGGCCCCCUUUGGCCCUCCCUGUGGUGUUCAACUCUACGUACCUCCUCCAGAGUUGCCCUCGGUGCCGGCGGACCACAUCCAGCUCCAGCUUACCCUCCCGCCUGAGGGCGCCCAUGGGAACCACCGCCCUGCUUAAUGCCACCGUGGCAGGCUUGAGGGCGGCUGGGCACAGCGGAGGAGCGAUUGGAGGCAGGCUGGUGCUCAGUCGAAGCGGAUUCUCAUUGGGGAGGCUCGGCGGGGGGAGGCAGAACAACCUGUUUCAUUCACGCAGCAUGGGGGGAGGGUUAGGAGGAAGUCGUGAGGACGGAGCAGGAAGUGGAGGUGGGGGAGGAGGAUUCCUAGGCUUAGGUUCCAGGCAGGACAAUGAGGAGACCCGAGGUGUGCUGGAGGGAGAGGGGGAUGAGGAAGAGGAGCAGGAGGUGAUGUUUGAGGAGGACAGGAGACGGGAGGACGAGGGGAGAGACAGGGAUGAAGAGGCCGAACAGGAAGGAGGAGGAGACAGGAGGCAGGGCGAGAGGGAUCGUCCACCGUCUUACCAGGAUGCCUUCUUCUUUCCUGUCCUCAUCAUACAUGGAGACGAGAGCUGCCAUGCUGGAGAUCGCCUGUGAUCGUGGAGACAGGAGACAAAAGACGACACAUUAGGGAAGGUCAGGAUGGAUGGACAUGAAAAAUAUAUCUAUGCAAGAGCAGGAGCAGGUGCAGGAGGAGAACCAGUCCAAGAAAACAAAGACAAUUUGAGGGUACGUGGACAAAAGGUCACGGUCUUCCACACCAAACUCAUCCAAGCAUGCCUUUACGGACCUUGCUUCGUGUGCUGCUGGAGCAAACUGUUCCCACAAAGUUGGAAGCACAGAUUCAUUAACUUAUUCAUGAAGAGGUGUGACCCAAGACUUUUGUUCACGUGUGAACGCUCUUCUAUAGAGGAAGGGGGGGAAACGUUCCUAAAGAGGAAUUGGAUCAGCAGCUGCCCACGAGCCAUCAUGGUGCCAACAAAGGAGGAAGAACAUCGAUUUGUUUGCCGUCUCCUCCAUGCUGACACGCUCCUCUCCUCGCCAUUAGCGAUGCACUCAUGCUCUCAUCGUUAUCACUCAUGCCGACCUGAAAAACAACAAUACAAAGACCUCUUUAUCCACAUUUCUUCAUAAAUAGGUGAUGACUUUCAUUUACUUCUUAGUGACGAAUGAAACUUUUCUCACCAGAAAGUACAAUUUCAUCCAAAUUAGGAUUGUUCUUCCAUUCAUUAGUAUUUCCAUGGAAGCACGGAAGACCCGUUAUGAGUUGAUGAGGAUGUCAAUAAUCCCCCUACUCUUCCUCAGAGGAAACAUCAACCCGAUAUUUAAAAUGCACAACAAUCAUGGCUCCAUAGAGGUGAAGCAAACAUGGCCGCCGCUGGUGUCUUUCAUGAUCCAUCACCUUAAAUUUAGACUCUCACAGGAGUUCCGGCUGGACUUCCCUAGAUUUGGAGGAGGAAGUCCACUGAGAGAUCAGUAGAAGGCACAACAAUAACAACAGCAACACUUUCCAAAGCACACCUUGGAUAAACACUUCCCAGCCUUCAUCAUCUGUAACCUGUAAUCAUCAAAGUUCCUCAAAACGAUGAAAGCCUGGUUCUCCCUCUGCUACACAUGUACAUAAAGCACACACACACACACACACACAAACAGAUAGAUGAUGGACACAAGCUGCACAGAAAGACUCCAAAUGGAUCUUUGCUGGCUUGAAACGAGUUCAAUAAUAAAUGACAUGGAUAGAGACGCCUACAAGGGCCUACAUUUAAAGACAUUUUUUGUACUGCUGUUAACCCAGAUAGUCCUCAUCCAUGUCCCAUAUUAACAAAAAGCAAGCACUAAGACGCACUGAACACACACCUGUGUAAGUUUAUGUUAUGCUUUGCUGAGAUUGUAAUGAAGGGAAAGCACUUAUAUGUCAAUUGUGUGCAUAGGCUGUAGCCACUUAAAAUGCUUUUUACAUGGAGAUGCGAGCUAUGAAACAUGCACCAUUUCAGCCCUUCGUGUGGGUUUUUUUUUCUAUUUAUUUACAGUAUCGAGCGAUGUUCAAAUGCCUUUUGUAUGAGUCACAAAUGUUGUCGUGUGUUUUGGCUGUUGUGGACAUUGAACACAAAGUGCACACACGCAAAAAGUCCAAAAGCAUGGAAAUGUUCCUCACUGCGUUGCCUUCGUGUCUGUCCACUCUUGUAUCUCAGGAUUUAAGUUGAAAGUCUCUUCGCAACAUCCGCUUCCAUUGUUUACACACACUCAUUUGAAACAUGGAGACAAAACCACACAUUUUCGUUGACGUGCACGAGCCGAAUGAAUGAGGAACUGUUUGGCCGCUAGAUGGCAGCAAAGCACUUUGGAGGGCAAGCCCACAAGUGACUCGGACAGGGUAGAGAAAGCGCCCCAAAAUUCUGCUCAGUAGUGACAACAAAUUAACCAGGUAGCUAAUAAACAAGAAAACUGUGUGAUAUCGCUGCAGCAUGACUUAGUAGAAAUACUGUAACCAUGUGCCUGAGUGUGUUGCCGGGCGACUUUCCGAAUGAACAGGCAAUAACAGCAAGACAAUUAGCAUCCAUUGACCAAACAAAUCAUGCAUUUGCUCAAAACAAGCUACCUUGUCUUUCAAUUUAAAAAAAAUGCCAACUACAGCUGAAGUAUUGUUAAAAAACAAAGUUCGUGAGUUCCAGCUGUGUUGUAUUUAUUUUUUGUACUGUUGAAUGAGACUGUCCACUGUGGAUGCCACCAUGUGACCAAUGCAACUCAUUCUUUCUUAAGCGAUGCACAAAACUAGCAAAAAUCUAAAUGUAGAUGCGCAAAAGACAUAGGGACAAGCCGUGGUCUUUAAUGACUAGAGAGUGACAGCAAUAUUAAAGUGCUAAGAUGCAGGGUCGCCAUGGCAACAGGAGUCCUCAGCGUCACCUCAUCUUUUCAGUCUGAAUAAAUUUAGUCGUCAUCAGUGACACUUGACAGUAAUAUGCCACUAAAGUACUUAAGCAGAUACCGAGACUAUCAGUUGGCACAGCCUGUUGGUAAGCAGUGGAGGUGGUGACAUGACACUGUUCACUAACGAUGAUGAUGACAGUUAUCUUGGAGGAUGCAAAUAAAGUCAAUCUGCUUUGUAAACCAG